GGAACCCGAGGGAAAUUUCUUCCACGUCUAUCGAACGCUUCCAGUGAGGGACAAUUACACGGAUAUUGCCAUUUCAAUUGAAGCUUUUAAAGGGAAUACACAUUCGAUUUUCUUAAAGAAAAUAACGGAAUUCAUAGUGGCGGGGUAAGUGUAAAUCCUAUUUACAGGACCCAUUUGUUCAAGGAAGGGAAGAAAAUGGAGUUGGAGGACGGAGUAGUGUACCAGGACGACCCGGGGACAUCGGCUAUGAUGUCGGAGCGGGUAUCGGGCCUGGCCAACUCCAUCUACCGCGAGUUCGAGAAACUGAUAGGAAAAUACGACGAAGAUGUGGUGAAAGAACUGAUGCCGCUCGUCGUGGCUGUGCUGGAGAACCUGGAUUCGGUGUUCGCGGAAAACCAGGAGCAUGAAGUGGAGCUAGAACUGUUAAAGGAGGACAACGAACAGCUCAUCACGCAGUAUGAACGGGAGAAAGCGCUGAGGAAACACGCAGAGGAGAAGUUCAUGGAGUUUGAGGACAGUCAGGAGCAGGAGAAGAAGGACCUUCAGAACCAUGUGGGCAGAAUGGAGUCCCACUCCCGCCAGCUUGAGCUCAAGAUCAAGAACUAUGCAGACCAAAUCGGCAGGAUGGAAGAGCGAGAGUCUGAGCUGAAGAAGGAGUUCAACUCACUCCAUCAAAGACACACAGAGAUGAUCCAUAACUACAUGGAGCAUGUAGAGAGGAUCAAGCUCCACCAUAUGAGUGUAGUAGAGACUUCAGACUCUGGAACUGUGGGCAGAGUCAGGAAAGAGCGUCCCAUGUCUCUGGGUGUCUUCCCCAUGUCAGGAGGGGGGGCAGUUCUGACCCCUGACCUCCAGGCCAGGUCUGAGACGCCGGGCGCAGAGGCCUGGAGGUUCAACGACCUGGAAAAUCCGCGCUCCAAUGCCAGCCUCAAGUUGGAUGCAGACGACCCCCCAGAGAAAAGGGAUGGUUACAGUACGCUGCAGAUCUCUUGGGGGAAUUCUCUCCCAGACGACUGCAAGGAUGAGCUGUCGGACCUUGGCCCAAAGUCGGUCACUCUCAUGUCCACCACGGCCUCGGACGUCGCCAUGGAGGGGGAGGGGCCAAACAGUAAGAGCAUGGAGUUGCUGGCGGCACUGGGGAACAGGUCAAUAUCAGUGGGUUUGCCAGAGAACGAGGAUAGCUCAGAGGUGCAUGACAUCAUUGAGUCCACCCCUGAACUGGACAUGGACCUCAGUGGAUACAAAGCAUCCAGCACCCCGACCAAAGGAGGCAUUGGCAUUGAGAACAUGGCGUUUGACCGCAACACAGACUCUCUGUUUGCGGAGCUGUCGUCUGCAGGCAUAGGGGACGUCAUCGGAGACGUGGACGAGGGGGCCGACCUGCUGGUGGAGUACUCUGACCUUAGCUUGCUCGGUAUGGGUCGUGAGGUUGAGAACCUGAUCACGGAGAACACACAACUAAUGGAGACAAAGAACGCUCUGAAUGUGGUGAAGAAUGACCUGAUAGCGCGGGUGGAUGAGCUGUCGUGUGAGAAGGAAGUGUUGCAGGGGGAACUAGACGCUGUGACACAGACCAGGAAAAACCUGGAGGAGAAGAACAGAGAGCUGGAGGAGGAGCUCAAGAAAGUGCGUGUAGAGAUGGAGGAGGUGAAAGGGAAGCCAAACGAGGAAGAGGAUAGUGACGUUCCUACAGCCCAGAGGAAGAGGUUCACCAGGGUAGAGAUGGCUAGAGUCCUCAUGGAGAGGAACCAGUACAAGGAGAGACUGAUGGAAUUACAGGAGGCUGUUAGGUGGACAGAGAUGAUCAGAGCCUCCAGAGAAAACCCUUCCCUUACUGAGAAGAAGAAAUCCAGCAUCUGGCAAUUUUUCAGCCGCCUCUUUAGCCCCUCCUCCUCCAGCACGGCAGUGAUGAAGAAGGCGGAGUCCCAGGGGAGGGAGGUGAGGUACACGCCCCCUGCAGGAGGGGGAAUGAAGAAGAGGAGCAGCACCUUCUCCCAGUUCCCCACCGAGAAGUCCAAGGCCUUCGACUUCCUCAACGAGGAAAUGGACCCGUGCGCCUCUCCGUCCCGUAGGGAGCAAAAGAGGGCCCAGUACAGACAGGUCAAAGCCCACAUGCAGAAGGAGGAUGGACAGGUACAGGCCCACGGAUGGAGUCUACCCAGCAAAUCUAAGGUAGUGAACGGGGGCCCAACAGAGAACAAAGAGAAGAAUCUACCUGUGCCAGUCUACCUGAGGCCCCUGGACCAGAAAGAUGCUUCUAUGAAGCUGUGGUGUGCUGCGGGUGUGAACAUGUCAGGAGGGAAGAUCAGCGAGGGAGGGUCCAUGUUGGAAGGACAGAGCAGGAAGGGCUCUGUGAGCAGCCUGGACCAUUUAGAGACAGAGAACAAGGAGCAGGAGAAAGGUGACCAGGAGAAGGAGAAGGAGCUGCGCCUGCAGGAUGAGAUGUCCUGCAGGGUGUGGAUCUGUACCAGUACCCACUCCUCUACUAAAGUCAUGGUGCUGGAGGCCAACCAGCCCUCUGACCUGCUGGACAGCUUCUACGCCUGCAACUCACACGUCCUCUGCAUCGCCAGCAUACCAGGUGUGUUGGAGACAGACUACCCUGCAGGGGAGGAGCUACCUGUACCCCAGGACCUGGAGUCUGGGCUAGUUGAUGGCGUGUCAUUGACAGGCAGCGUGGCCAGUCUGGGCUCCGCGGGCAGCGACGGCGCCUUGGCAACGGAAGGGACCACCGCCGUCCUCCAGAUGGCCGGGGCAGGGCUCAAUGACCUCCCGGCCCAGCACAGCUCAGUGGAUCUGUCCAGAGAGCCCAGUCCUGCAGAGGAUGGGGUCCCCACGGCGGAAGAGGCCACAGAGGCUACAGAGGAGGGGGAGGAGAGCCAGGGGCUGGUCGUCAGUCAGCCAGGCAUCUACACAGAACACGUGUUCACAGACCCUCUGGGAGCUGGCCACCAUGAGUCCUCCACUGCAGACACACAGAGGGACCAGGAGGGGGUGGGUGAGGCGUCUCUUCCCGACGACAUGCUCCCUGCUGGAGAGGACGUCCAGAGGAUGAGCAGCGCCCUGCCCACCAUGUGGCUGGGGGCCCAGAACGGAUGUUUGUAUGUGCACUCUUCUGUGGCUCGGUGGAGGAAGUGUCUCCACGCCAUCAAGCUAAAGGACUCCAUCCUCAACAUAGUGCAUGUGAGAGGAAGAGUCCUGGUUGCCUUGGCUGAUGGCACGUUGGCUAUAUUCCACAGAGGCCUGGAGGGACAGUGGGAUCUGACCAACUACCACCUACUAGACCUGGGCCGGCCACACCACUCCAUCCGCUGUAUGACAGUGGUGCAUGACAAGGUGUGGUGUGGCUACAGGAACAAGAUCUACGUCAUCCAACCCAAGGCCAUGAGGAUAGAGAAGUUGUUUGACGCCCACCCCCGGAAGGAGAGUCAGGUGCGUCAGCUGGCCUGGGUGGGAGAUGGGAUCUGGGUAUCCAUCCGCCUGGACUCCACCCUCAGACUGUUCCACGCCCACACCUACCAGCACCUCCAGGACGUCGACAUAGAGCCCUACGUCUCCAAGAUGCUGGGUACGGGUAAACUGGGCUUCUCCUUCGUCAGGAUCACAGCCCUCAUGAUAUCCUGUAGCCGUCUGUGGGUCGGAACAGGAAAUGGUGUCAUCAUCUCCAUCCCGCUGUCAGAAGCUAUAGGUCCUCCUCAGCAUGGAGUCUUACUGAGGGGCCUCAGGGCCAACAAGACAGCGGGUGCAGUGCCAAAUCGCCCUGGCGGUGCCGUGCGGGUGUUCAGUGAGGAGGGCACAGAGAGCACUUUGCCAGGCAGCUACGUGCCCUACUGUUCCAUGGCACAGGCACAGCUGUGUUUCCACGGACACAGAGAUGCAGUCAAGUUCUUUGCAGCCGUCCCAGGUCAGGUGAUCCCGUCCCCCGGACCCGGAGGGGAUUCUGGGUCGGAUGACCCCGCCUCUGAGUCGUCUGACAUGGCGACCUCUGAACCUGCCAAAACCUUCCUGGUCAUGAGUGGAGGAGAAGGCUACAUCGAUUUCAGAAUGGGUGAUGAUGUAGGAGAGGUGGAUGGCAGCCUAUCGGAACCCACCAUGAAGCAGGCCACCCCCGCCAAACCAGAACGCAGCCACAUCAUCGUCUGGCAAGUCACUUCUUGCCAGGAGUGAGCCAAUCACAGACUGCCACAUCACUACUCGGUCGCACAACCCCCCCGCAUGCCCCUCCCUUAGGUUUUAAGUUGUUAUUAUUGAUAUUAUUAUUACUACUGUGGAUGACUACAUUGUUGCUAAGGAUUCUUUUAGUGUCUGUUUUAAAUGUAUCCAUGAAUUUGGGGCCUAAUGUUUGCCAGGCAAGGUUAAAGUGAAGCAGUGAAGUCAACUCCUGAUAAGUGCACAUGGGAUAGAUAAGUGCACUCAUUUUAAGUGCAGGGCACUUCACCGGGCCCUUUUCAAACCGUUGUUUUCACUUGCUCCAGAUAUCUGUAGCACAUUCUAGAAGUCGACUGUGGUAUAAAGGCAGCUCAGUGUUUUAAAGUAACUGUCCAGUGAAAAUCUGACUGUUAGAAGUUUGUAUUCUGUUAAUUAACUCAUACUCAAAUAAUAUUGUUGACACUUCAAAUCCCCCACCUCAAACUUGUAUCUCAAACAGAAUGUUUCAAAAAUGCUUCCUAUUUCCUCAUUGAGGAUGAUGUCAUCCUCCUGAGGAGGAUGAGCUGGCCAAUCAGCGGUCUACUCACAUAAAUAUUUUUAAUGACCGGUAUAUGCCCACACCAUUCUGUUGUUGGGGUAAGUCCACACCAUUCUGUUGUUGGGGUAAGUCCACACCAUUCUGUUGUUGGGGUAAGUCCACACCAUUCUGUUGUUGGGGUAAGUCCACACCAUUCUGUUGUUGGGGUAAGUCCACACCAUUCUGUUGUUGGGGUAAGUCCACACCAUUCUGUUGUUGGGGUAAGUCCACACCAUUCUGUUGUUGGGGUAAGUCCACACCAUUCUGUUGUUGGGGUAAGUCCACACCAUUCUGUUGUUGGGGUAAGUCCACACCAUUCUGUUGUUGGGGUAAGUCCACACCAUUCUGUUGUUGGGGUAAGUCCACACCAUUCUGUUGUUGGGGUAAGUCCACACCAUUCUGUUGUUGGGGUAAGUCCACACCAUUCUGUUGUUGGGGUAAGUCCACACCAUUCUGUUGUUGGGGUAAGUCCACACCAUUCUGUUGUUGGGGUAAGUCCACACCAUUCUGUUGUUGGGGUAAGUCCACACCAUUCUGUUGUUGGGGUAAGUCCACACCAUUCUGUUGUUGGGGUAAGUCCACACCAUUCUGUUGUUGGGGUAAGUCCACACCAUUCUGUUGUUGGGGUAAGUCCACACCAUUCUGUUUUUUUUUACAUACUUUAAUUUUUAAAACUAGGAAAACUAUUUCACUCAUAUUGUCAUUAAUUAUAGGUCAUAUUUCAUUGAAAUGUGGAAACACUGGACAGUUACUCUAAAGGGACAGACUUAUUAUGCCAGGUUAUUACAUAUGUACUGUACCAUCAUGUGUCGGUGCUACGUACUUCCUAUAGUUCAAUAAGAAUCAAAUCACUUCAUUUUCCUGUGAGGCAAACUUCUUAUAUGAUAUUUACUGCACAUACAACAAUGGCACAGGAUGAACAAAUCAUUCAAAUAACAGUACAGUCAACAAAGAUGAGGAACUGCAUUAUAUUGAUUUAAGAUGACAUUGAAUAAGGGAACAUCAGUAUUGUAUGUUUAGAAACAAGACAAAAGGGAAUGGUUAAGGGGUUUUGCACUGAAUUGAUAUCUGAUGUUGUAAAGUUAUGAUAUGGGACUGUAUGUGUGCGGGUUCACUGUCGCCUUUACCGUGUCGAGCAUUUUAGAUCGUAACCUUUGAACAAAACACAUUUAUUUUUGCUACCUUUGUGGUGUUGGUAAUGUGAGCAAUGUUUGGGCACCUCUGUGUGUAGAACGGACUGUGAGAUGUAAUGUAGGGCCCUGUUCCAAUACUUUAAAAAGCCUUUCUUAUUUCCUCACUUUCUUGAAGUAAUCGGGGAGAAAAGAUCUAUUUUGAAGUAUUGUAACGGUGUCGAAGUUAGUAUCAGCCUGCAUGGGGAAGUCUUGUACUGUAUCUCCGUCCAAAGGUCUGCCAUUUUGGGUCAAACUCUCUGUUCCGCCAUUUUGGGGAAAUGUGCUCCUGCUGCAAUUUAGGGUCUUCCCUCAUGCUAGAUCUCCCUGGCACUUUUAAACAUAAUGUAGGCCGCUUGAAGUAGAACACCCGUCCGUGGUAAUGUUCACUUAUACUAAAAAUGUGCUAACUAUUUUAGGGGAAAAGGGUGUGACGGACUAUUUAUUUCUGUCAAGGUGUAACCAGUUACCAAAGGACAAAAAAAUGAAGUAUGAAAAGAAUACUAAAUGUCAUUCGUAUCUAACAUUAUCCAUUUGCAUCUUCUCUGGGGGUUUUAAGUAAAGUCAUAAUAGCAAUGAUUUGAUGAUGAAUAUAUAUUUUUUAAGGUUUCAUCUCUGAAAAAUGGUAUAUUUCACAGGGAAUUUAUUCAUGAACGUAAGUGUUUACGUUGCACCUUAAAAAUCAUUGUCCACACAGAACUAAAUUUGCUUUGUGUUUCAUUUGUUUUUGUGUUUUUACAAAUGCAUUCAAAUAACUUUUUUGACUUUUGAUGUUGUGCUCUUUGUACUUGUUGUCUGUGAGACACAUCUGUAUUUUGAUGGUGUCUGUUACCCGAAAGCAGAAAAACCAAUAGACAAGUGUUUCAUUUUUAUAUAUUUGAAGGAAAAAAACUGGGUUGGGAUUGGUUAGGCCUCGGCCUAUUUAUUUUCCAAUUCAGAAGAAAUAACGUUCACAUCGUGUUGUAGCCAUUCCAGUAUUUAUUUUUCUUAUUGAGCCUCGGUGGUUCAGAAUGUAACUUUCUACAUGAAUAAACAUAAUAGGAGAAUAUUCAAAGUGAUCAGUAAUAAUGGUGCCAUAAAAUGAAACCAUGGUCAAUAGAAAAUGGAAAAUACAAAUAUAAGGAUCAACGCUAAACAGUCCUGUAACGUCUGUGGACUGAUCAGGACAACUACACAUUCAUGGUACCAAGCUAUGCAUGUUUUUUUUAAAGAACACUGCUAUGUAUUGUUUGGUUCAAAUCCUUGUUAACUGCCACCGUUUUGGGUGGGUAGAUGUCUGCAUGUGUGUGUGGCUUGCAUUUGAGUGUGUGGGUGUGUGUGUGCGCGCGUGCCUGUGUGUGUGUGUGUGUGCGUGCGUGCGUGCGUGCCUGUGUGUGUGCAUAUGUGUAUCUCCAGAGGAUGGUCUGUAGUAUGUACCAGGCCUUUCUCUGGGCCCAUAAAGCCGUAUGGCCAUAACUGUGGUUUCUCCUGGUAAAUGUUUGCUAAAACAGCAUCAUAGCCUUAUUUUUAACAAUCUAUUAAACUCAAUUUCAUGGGGAAUUCA